AGUCGCUGGAAAAUGUUGUAGAACUGUCGCAGAAACUGACCUGGUGAUGGUGUUUUUGGUUCAUCGUCAUGGAGACAGAUCUUCAGAGAAAGUGCAGCUGUUCCUAAGUGAUAAUCCAGAGGAGCUGGCUAGGAUGUCGGAACCAUAUGGAUUUGGUCAACUGACUGAUUCAGGCAAAGCCCGUAGCUACGCCCUAGGCCAGUACCUCCGUCAUCGUUACAAUGACCUCCUAUCACCAUCCUAUAUACCUUCGGAGAUCUUCGUGAGAUCCACCGAGUCUGACCGAACGCAAAUGACAGCUAGAAUAGCUUUGACUGGUGCUUACUCUUCUGAAGUGCUGUGGUCUGAAGAUAUGGAACUCGUACCAGUUGAGUUGGAUGUGAUACCGGCUAAGGUUGAUCCGAAUUUGUCAUUCAUGAAUUGUCCAAAACUAACGUCCUAUUUUCUUGGAUUUCAAGCAAAGAAUAAAAAUGAAGAGAAGCAGGAUUAUGAAGACGUUUUAGCUGUAUUAUUUGAAGAGAUAGGUUUAAAUUUGCCUAAAUGCCCUCUACUGAUGUAUGCAAUGGCUGACUGUUUUGCUAGUCAGGAAAGUGUAGGAAUGCCCUUCACUGCUUUGCAACAAAAACUGGGUCCCUCUGUUCGACAGGGCGCUAGGCAGGCAGUGAACUAUAUGUUCGGGAAUCCCGAAUACAUACCAUUGCAAACUGGAGUACUUCUAAACGAAUUCUUCGACACAGCAGACCAGAUAGUCUCCGGCGCCAACACACCAAGAGUCAGAGUACUUUCUGGCCAUGACUUCAACGUAUACUCGUUCCUGGCUGCCACCAGGGCAGUUCCGAAGCAGGGUGUGCCAGAAUACUGUGCAGUCUACUCCUUGGAGCUAAGGAGAUGUAGGGACAGUGGAGAGUAUGUUGUGGUGCCAGUCUACGCCAACAGUCCAACUGAAGGUGAAGCAUAUUUAGAAAUAGAAGAUUGUGGUACUAUCUGCGAGUAUGAGAGGUUUAGACGCUUGACAUCUCAAUACGUGAUCACUGAAGACCAGUUAAGAGAAAAGUGCAAGACUGAGGAAACAGUAUCUAUUGAUACGUUACAAUCUUUAUUUACUUAA